CGCCCCUCGCCGCCGCCCGGCGCCGGAGCUGCAAGAUGGCCUGGGCCGGGCUGUGCGCCCUGCUGGCCGGGUGCUGCCUGGCGGCCGGCAGCGGCCCCGCCGAGGCGGCGGCGGAGGCGGCGGCCAAGGAGCUGGAAUGCAAACUGAAAAGCAUCACGGUGUCGGCGCUGCCUUUCCUCCGGGAGAACGACUUGAGCAUCAUGCACGGCCCCUCGGCCGCCGAACCCAAGCUGCUCUUCUCGGUGCGCAACGAUUUUCCCGGAGAGAUGGUGGUGGUGGACGACCUGGAGAACACGGAGCUGCCCUACUUCGUGCUGGAGAUUUCAGGCAACACGGAUGACAUCCCAUUGGUGCGCUGGAGGCAGCAGUGGCUGGAGAAUGGCACUCUACUCUUCCACAUCCACCACCAGGAUGGGGCUCCCAACCUGCCUGGCUUCGAGCCCACUGAAGAACCCCAGACGGAGUCAGCUGAGGAGGAGCUGAGGAUCCUGCACAUCUCUGUCAUGGGAGGAAUGAUCGCGCUGCUGCUCUCCAUCCUUUGCUUGGUGAUGAUCCUCUACACCCGCCGGCGGUGGUGCAAGCGGCGCCGUGUGCCGCAACCUCAGAAAAGUGCCAGCGCUGAAGCAGCCAAUGAGAUCCACUACAUCCCCUCAGUGCUGAUUGGGGGGCACGGCCGGGAGAGCCUGCGCAAUGCCCGUGUGCAGGGCCACAACUCCAGUGGCACCCUCAGUAUCCGUGAGACCCCAAUCCUGGAUGGCUACGAGUAUGACAUCACCGACUUGCGGCACCACCUCCAGCGCGAGUGUAUGAAUGGCGGAGAGGACUUUGCCAGCCAGGUGACCCGCACCCUCGACUCGCUGCAGGGCUGCAAUGAGAAGUCCAGCAUGGACCUCACGCCAGAUGUUGCCUUCAAUUCUUCCUGCCCAGGGAGUGAUAAUGCAAAGCUGUCCCUGAUGAACAAAUACAAGGACAACAUCAUCGCCACCAGCCCUGUGGACUCCAACCACCAGCAGGCCACCCUGCUGUCCCACACCUCCAGCAGCCAACGCAAACGCAUUAACAACAAGGCGCGAGCUGGCUCAGCCUUUCUAAACCCCGAAGGGGACUCGGGAACGGAGGCAGACACUGAUCCCCAGCUGACCUUCUACACAGACCCCUCUCGGAGCCGGAGGCGCAGCCGAGUGGGGUCCCCCCGCAGCCCUGUGAACAAGACCACGCUGACCCUCAUCAGUGUGACAAGCUGUAUCAUCAGCCUGGUGUGUUCCUCCCACAUGAGCUGCCCCCUUGUUGUUAAGAUCACUCUCCAUGUCCCUGAGCAUCUCAUUGCUGAUGGGAGCCGCUUUAUUCUGCUGGAGGGCAGCCAGCUGGACGCCAGCGACUGGCUGAACCCGGCGCAGGUCGUCCUCUUCUCCCAGCAAAACUCCAGCGGCCCCUGGGCCCUGGACCUCUGUGCCCGCCGCCUCCUUGACCCUUGCGAGCAUCAGUGCGACCCUGAGACUGGUGAGUGUCUCUGCUACGAGGGCUACAUGAAAGACCCUGUCCAUAAGCAUCUCUGCAUCCGGAAUGAGUGGGGGACCAACCAGGGGCCCUGGCCAUACACAAUAUUCCAGCGUGGCUUUGACUUGGUGUUGGGUGAGCAGCCAUCAGAUAAGAUUUUUCGGUUCACCUACACACUGGGGGAAGGCAUGUGGCUGCCACUGAGCAAGAGCUUUGUCAUCCCUCCGGCUGAGCUGGCCAUCAACCCCUCAGCCAAGUGCAAGACUGACAUGACAGUGAUGGAGGACGCUGUGGAGGUCAGGGAAGAGCUGAUGACCUCCUCCUCCUUCGACAGCCUGGAGGUUCUCCUUGACUCCUUUGGCCCUGUCCGUGACUGCUCCAGGGACAACGGGGGCUGCAGCAAGAACUUCCGCUGCAUUGCAGACCGCAAGUUGGACUCAACGGGCUGCGUGUGCCCGACGGGCCUGAGCCCAAUGAAGGAUGGCACGGGUUGCUAUGACCGCCAUGUUGGUGUUGAUUGCUCUGAUGGCUUCAAUGGAGGCUGUGAGCAGCUGUGCCUGCAGCAGAUGGUGCCUCUGCCUGAUGAUCCUCUGCUCUACAACAUCCUCAUGUUCUGUGGGUGCAUUGAGGACUACAAGCUGGGCACAGAUGGGCGAUCAUGCCAGCUCAUCUCAGAGUCGUGCUCUGAUGGUGUGGACUGUGGUGAGCCCCGUGAGCUGCCCAUGAACCAGACGCUCUUUGGGGAGAUAUUCUAUGGCUACAACAACCACUCCAAGGAGGUGGCCCCAGGGCAGGUGCUCAAAGGGACAUUUAGGCAGAACAACUUUGCCAGGGGCCUGGAGCAGCAGCUGCCAGAUGGGCUGGUGGUGGCCACUGUGCCCCUGGAGAAUCAGUGCCAAGAGGAGCUCUCAGACCCCACACCUGACCCUGAGUUCCUCACUGGGAUGGUGAACUUCAGUGAGGUGUCGGGGUACCCUCUGCUGCAGCACUGGAAGGUGCAGUCUGUCAUGUACCAUGUCCGGCUCAACCAGCUGACCAUCUCCCAGUCAUUCAGCAAUGCGCUGCACUCUCUGGAUGGGGCCACCUCCCGCAGGGACUUUGUGGCACUGCUGGACCAGUUUGGCAACCACUACAUCCAAGAGGCUGUGUAUGGCUUUGAGGAGUCCUGCUCCAUCUGGUACCCCAACAGGCAGGUCCAGCGACAGCUCUGGCUGGAGUAUGAGGACAUCAGUAAAGGCAAUUCUCCAUCGGAUGAGUCAGAGGAGCGCGAGCGGGACCCUAAAGUGCUCACCUUCCCUGAGUACAUUGCCAGCCUCUCUGAGUCAGGCACCAAGCGCAUGGCAGCGGGUGUGCGGAUGGAGUGCCAGAGCCGUGGGCGCUGCCCCUCAUCCUGUCCCCUCUGCCACGUCACCUCCAGCCCUGAUGCACCAGCAGAGCCCAUCCUGCUUGAGGUCACCAAAGCAGCACCCAUCUACGAGCUGGUCACCAACAACCAGACCCAGCGGCUCUUGCAGGAAGCCACCAUGAGCUCACUGUGGUGCUCAGGCAGUGGGGAUGUCAUUGAGGACUGGUGUCGCUGUGACUCAAGUGCCUUUGGGGCUGAUGGGCUGCCCACCUGCGCACCUCUCCCACACCCCAUCCUACGGCUCUCCACCGUGCACGAACCCAGCAGCACACUGGUAGUGCUGGAGUGGGGGCACUCGGAGCCCCCCAUCGGAGUGCAGAUUGUCGACUACCUCCUCCGCCAGGAGAAAGUGACCGACAGGAUGGACCACUCCAAGGUGGAGACUGAGACGGUGCUGAGCUUUGUGGAUGACAUCAUCUCUGGUGCCAAGUCCCCCUGUGCGAUGCCAGCCCAGGUGCCUGACAGGCUCUCCUCCACCAUCUCCCUCAUCAUCCGCUGCCUGGAGCCUGACACCAUCUACAUGUUCACCCUCUGGGGAGUUGAUAACACGGGGAGACGUUCCAGGUCCAGUGAUGUGACGGUCAAGACGCCCUGCCCUGUGGUGGAUGAUGUCAAAGCUCAAGAAAUUGCAGACAAGAUCUACAACCUCUUCAAUGGCUAUACCAGUGGCAAGGAGCAGCAGACAGCCUACAACACCCUGCUGGACCUUGGCUCCCCCAGCCUGCACCGUGUCCUUUACCACUACAACCAGCACUAUGAGAGCUUUGGGGAGUUCACCUGGCGCUGUGAGGAUGAGCUGGGACCCAGGAAAGCUGGCCUGAUUCUCUCGCAGCUGGGAGACCUGAGCAGCUGGUGCAAUGGGCUCCUGCGGGAGCCCAAGAUCAGCCUGCAGCGUUCAUCCCUCAAGUACCUGGCCUGCCGCUACAGCGAGAUCAAGCCCUACGGGCUCAACUGGUCAGAGCUCAGCCGUGACCUCAAGAAGACGUGUGAGGAGCAAACUCUGAGCGUCUUCUACAAUGACUAUGGGGACAAGGACUACUGAGGGUCGCACGCAGGCCCUCCCUGGGUGGCUGCGGGGGUUUUAUAUAUGGACUGGGAGGGGGGAGGGCAUCUCUGGAGACAAAAAUUGGGAUUGGGGAAUGAAAUGGCUGCUCUGUGCAGGACUGACUCAGUAUUAGUUUCUUCUUCAACUUGGCCAAAAGCCUUUAUAGGUAGGAGUCUUGUGGGACCCAGUUUUCUUGGUUCUUUUUGUUUGUUUCGCCAAGAGGUUCCUCAACUGGUGGAUGUGGGUGCAUGGCCCGGGGAGGGCAGGCUGGAGGACACAGCCCUCUGCACCAUGCUACGUCCCUGCUCCAGUCAUAGGAGAAGCAUGGUGAUACCUAUGGGAAAGGAGAGCUGGUGAUGCAAGUCAGGUUGAGAUUCUAAUGGUCAUUGUGGAGCAGAGCAGUCACUGGGCAUCCUAGAGGUUUUGUUGGUUUUCUUUUUCUAACUGUAAGGCAUGAGGUGGGACCUGAUGCCACACCAGGCAGGGCUGGCCUGGUGUCACCAGCCCAGGGGAGAGGAAAGGAAGUGGUGAUGGGAAACUCAGCUCCUCAGGGUUCUUCUGCCAUGGUCAGAGAUGUGAGUCCUGAAGGGCAAAGGCAACUUGGCCUCGGGGCCAGCAGCUAUGUGGACAUAAUGAUUUAUUUUAUUUUACAUUUGUGGGAUCAAACUCUUAGGAAAUCAACUGAAUAAUCCCUUCCAUUUUAUUAUUUUUCAAAGCCAACAUAGUAAAGACUUGAAAGCAAUGACAGAGUAGUGUUUAGGAGAACCGAAGCCAAGACAGCAGCAUCCAGUUGGCAUGAACAAGGCUGUUUUCUGCAUCAGCUGCUCCUGAGCCAUGGAGCAGCCCAAGGUGUGCAUGGUGAGAAGAGUGGGACAUAGCAUACGCAUCCUACAGUGCUGCCUGUCCUUUGUGCUCUUUCUUCAGGGGGUGUUGCUUUCCCAUAUUCAGGCUCACAUCUGCAUCUCUCACCAGUGCUUUCUUUUCUUUUCCUAAAAAAAAUAUCAGAGAACUGGGGUUGUUCUGGGACACUGGGCUCUGCUCAGAGCAAACUGUUCUCCACAACCCUUCUACUGCUGCUGCUGUUGGAGGCAGCACAAGGCUUUAUUUUAGCUUCAGCUCCCAGCCUGCUUUGCAGAGGAGGCACCCCUGGAUUUGUUGACUGUGCACCUUUGAUGUGGGUGAGACAGGAACCCUGCUGUAUUUUUUUAUUAUUAUUAUUAUUUUUAUUUUUUCUGAUGAUGUCUCUUCAGAGUGAAAUUUCCUUUCCAUUUUUCAGUCUUGGCAGGAGCAAUCUUCAGCCUGUCUCUUUCCAUUUCCCACCUCAUUCCUACUGCUACCUGCCCAGGAUGCAGCUGGAGUAUUUGUGUGGUGUUGGAUGGGAGCCACCAGCACUGCCCUCUGGUGCUUGCACAGCAGCCAGCACAGGAACAUCCUCCUGCAGGACCACGCUGCUCCAUCCCUCCCUCCCUAUUUACAGACCUCUUGUUCAGGGCAGCACCUGGGAGUUGCUGUGAGCAGCCACCAGCAGUCAGUAUUACCUGGGUGCCAGUGUGAAACCUGUAAUGAAUUAGUCUGCUGAGGCUCACUGGGCCAGCACUUGCUUUUUGCAAGGGGGAAGUCAACCAGGACCUUUGGGCCUCUUCUCGCAUGUGGCUCCUUAUAUUUGGAUGUGCCAGACGAUGCCAAAGGCUUGGUGCUCAAAACAAGACUGUCUCUUCAUGCAUUUGGGCAGGUGUCCCGUUUCCUUCCAGACAGUGGGAAUCCUGACCAGGAUGCUUUAGGUUGGUCUUUUUGCUUCUUCCAGCCGACACCAAGUCAUCCUUUAACUUCAGCCAGGUAUGGACAAAGGGCACAACACCCAGCGCCUCAGAGUAGGGCUUGGGCCAGGGCUGCUCUGGCUCGAACACAACCUGGUGGCUGGCCAAGUAGUACUGCUUACAUGGCUUUUAUAUGGAACACAGAUGGGUUUCCCCUUGGUAACAGCAUCCUUUCAUUGCUGAUGAAUUUCAGCAGAUGAGAUGAGAACAGUUUCAGGGAUGCUGCCAGGAAUACCUGGAGUACUUGCACCUUUCUCACAGGCUUCUUCACCCAAAUUGAUGAUGGGGCACUGUGUAUGUUCCCACUGCUGAUCAUUCACCUGAGAAGAACCUCUGGGCCAUUUUCUUUUCUCUGCUAUGCCCGUCCCCCAUACUAGCCUUACUACCUUUUAAUUGUCGUGCCGUUAUUUAACAUAUGAAGAUGGUUUGGUCCUUUUAUUUCAGAAGAUGGCUACGAUUCAUGUUCCUUGAUGUUAUAUUAAAACUCUAAUGUGACGUUUUACUACUGUAGAUUGAAAGUAGGGUGCUUUAGGGUGGGAUAGCCACGGGACAAGAAACUCAAAACCCUUACGGAUUACUUAAAAAAAGGUUUUGAAUGAAAACAACUACAAAAAUCACUGUAGCAUUAUGUAAAACUCCAGGUGAUAAUUCAGCUGACUAUUAAACGGAGCUGUUAGUAAUCUGUG